GGCCAACAAUCUGUAACAUUCUGACUAUCGUUGGAGUAUGGAAUAGUAGUACACUCUUUCUUCCUGCACCUAUUCCUAUCUGCCUUUAAUAAUCCCUCUUUUGCCUCUUUUUCGCUGUCCCCCGCCCCCCAACCUCUACUAUAAAGGUGUCAACGAUUUUGCAUUUUUUGUGGGAACAUCAGUGCUAGAAGAUUCACGCCUACCAUCUGUAACAAUUUGAUUGUCAUUAGAGUAUGGAAUAGUCUUUCUUCCUGCACCUAUUCCUAUCUACUUUCACCAAUCCUUCUUUUUGCCUCCGUUUCACUGUCCAACACAUCCCAACCACUAAUAAGGGUGCCAAACCAACCAUCCUUAAACGCAUAUUCAUAAGCCCAGCCCAUCAAUUAGCGCUACCGCACAUGUGCAGUGCGCCGCGGGUUUGCACUUUAGUGCUUUUCAUUGUCAAGGGACCUGCCAUCGAUCCUACCACCCCUCCAAUUUCACAUUCUUUCAUCUUUCCUUCCCUUCCCUCUCCCUCUUCUCCUCCUCUCUCUCCUUUCAAUAAUUCCUCCAGGGAGAGUAACCCUGUCAUUCAGCAGUGGAUGAAAGAUCAUGGCUACACAGACUACUCCAAAGUUGAACAAUACCAUGAAACCACCCUCCUGGAUUUGGUAGCCAGACUCAAUAAGCAGUACAUUGUUUGGCAGGAGAUUUUCGACAACGGACUCGAGGUGCUACCCAAUACAGUGAUAGAUGUGUGGAAGAAAGGCUGGGAGGACGAGAUGAAGCGAGUGACUGCCAGUGGUCUCCAUGCAAUUCUCUCCACCUGCUGGUACCUCAACGACAUAUCCUACGGAGCUGACUGGACCAAGUACUACCAGUGUGAUCCUCAAAACUUCAACGGGACUAAAGAGGAGCAGGAGCUGGUUGUCGGUGGUCACUGCUGUCUUUGGGGGGAAUUUGUCGAUUCUACCAACUUCUUGACACGCUAUUGGCCAAGAGCAGGGGCUGUGGGGGAGAGGCUGUGGAGCCCUGCUUCUGUCACAGAUGUCAACGAUGCUGGUGUGAGACUCCACAACUUCCGAUGCAGAAUGCUCAGCCGAGGAAUACCUGCCGAGCCACCUGAUGGGCCCAGUUUCUGUACCACCGAAUGGAACGGAAUUACCCCUCCAAGUUGAGUGGUGCCCUUGAAAAAACACUACGAAAAACUUUUGACAUGACCCCUUUUUUCGAAGUUGUAAAGUUUAGUGCAUUUUUGGUUCUAUCUUCUAUAAUACAUGCUAGAGUAUUAAAAAUAUCAGGUAUAAUUAUAUAUAGAACA